CAGCAACUCGUGCCCGCGACGGACCAUCAGCGUGACGUUUGGCCGUCACCGCCGAACACACUCGCGCAUACACUCCGCAGAGACACAGCAUGUACCCGCUGUCGAGGUAGCAGAGCCCGUCGCAGCGACUGCAACCCCCAACCCCAACUAUGGUGGAGCUCUCGCCAGGCGCCAGCGUUGCUCUUGGAGUGAUAGUUGGCCUCCUGUCCACUAGCGUCCAGAGCGUCGGCCUGACGCUGCAGCGAAAAUCACAUCUGCUAGAAGAAGAGAAGGAAGACGACUAUGACCGUCGUCCGCCCUACAAGCGCCGGCGAUGGCAGCUGGGCAUGCUCAUGUUCAUCGUGGCGAACGUGGUGGGCAGCACCAUCCAGAUCACCACCCUGCCGCUGCCCGUCCUCUCCACCCUGCAGGCAUCCGGCCUCGUCUUCAACUCAAUAUGCGCCUCCAUCAUCCUCCACGAGCCCUUCACCCGCUACUCCUUCAUUGGCACCAUGCUCGUCGCUGCCGGUGCCCUGCUCAUAGCGCUCUUCGGCGCCAUCGCUGAACCCUCGCACAACCUGGACCAGCUCUUAGCGCUGUUGGGUCGACACCACUUCAUCGUGUGGAUGAUAGUGACCGGCAUCGUAGUCGUCCUCCUGCUUGUGGCCAAUUGGGUCCUCCACCACAUAUACCCCCGCGCAACCCCGCGCCUGCGUCUGGUUCGGGGCAUGUUCUACGGCUGUGUGAGCGGGAUUCUCUCUGCGCAUUCGCUGCUCAUCGCAAAGAGCGCCGUGGAGCUGCUGGUGCGCACCAUCGUCGACCGCCACAAUCAGUUCGACCGCUGGCAGUCCUGGGUGAUCCUGAUAGGGCUGGUGGUCUUCGCCCUCACGCAACUGUACUACAUGCACUGUGGACUGAAGCUCGUCAGUACAAGCGUGCUGUACCCCCUCGUCUUCUGUGUCUACAACAUUAUCGCCAUCAUAGAUGGCCUGAUCUACUUCCACCAGAGCGAACGAUUGUCGAACUUGCAUGCUGGCCUUAUCGCUUUGGGCACUGUUGUACUGCUUGCAGGAGUGGUCUGCCUGAGCUGGAGGCUGGAAGAGAACGAAGAGGAACCCUUGUCGCCCGUAUCAACCAAGCAUCCCGGACACGUACCAAUGCCCCAGUCUGCACUCGAGCCUGGUCUGGGUCUCCUGCACGCUCACGCUCUCGACGAACCAGACGCUGCUUUGGACAUCGAGGAAGCAACACCAGGCCUUCACGGGGCUGCAACCGAGCAAGCGAAGCGCAAGUCUGUCGACGAAAGGACACCGUUGUUGACACGAUCACCCACCGGACCCGCAUACACCAUCACGUCUCGGUCAAAGAAGAGCCCCACGUUAGACACAAACACCCGCAGCCCACGACCGAGUCCCAGACCACCGAGAAGGAGGAGGAUGACUGUCUCUGAGGAAACGAGCGAGAUCUGGGACGAGCUGAACGAUAGAGAUUCGCUGCCCUCGCCGGUCAUUCGUCGAUCUGUCGAGUCAGACCGCAGACCAAGAGCAGGCACGCUUCCUCGACAGCGACAAAACACACAGUCAGCCUGGCUAGACCAGAUGCGCAGACGCUCAUGGUUCGAUGGCAUCAGCGCAGGCUCACAACGAAGCCGCAGUGCAUCGCAGGGCAAGAAGCGCUCAGAUAGCUCGUCUGCACUACUCGAUUACCCUGAUCCGGACGACGACGAUCAUUCUGAUUCAGACCUUGUCGCGCACAGGAGCGGGAUUUGGGGGUUUGGAGGAGGAACGCUCAGCAGCAAUCACGAUGGACCUGGCGAUUGGCUAAAGUUAAGGUGGUGGAGGAAGAAAUUACAAGGUGAAACAGAUGACGAGCAUGACGGGGCCAGGAGUAGAGGUGCAUGAUAUCCCGGUAUGAUCCAAGAAUUUGAAUAGACGAAUCAUGCAUACAUCUUCACG